AUGGGGUGCGCGCAGGGCAAGUGCUGCCUGCCGCGGCACCCGAGGAGGGGCUCCUCCGCCGCCAUCGGCGGCGGCGGGCGCGGCGACCACGGCGGCGCCACGCUCGGCCGCGCCGCGGUGCCCGGGGCCGGUCUGGUGCUGGAGUACGCCGCGCUGGCCGUGGCGGGGCUCUACCCGGACUCCCCGGCCCGGGAGUCCCAGGACGCACACCUCGUCACCACGCGCUUCGCGGGAGACCCGAACCUCCACCUCUUCGCCGUCUUCGACGGCCACGGCGCCGCCGGUGCCGCCUGCUCCGGGUUCGCGCGGGACGCGCUCCCGCGCCUCCUCCUCGCGUCGCUCUCCCUCGCCGGCGCCGGCGCCGCCGACCCCGCCGCCGCGUUCCGCGAGGCCAUGCUGGGCGCCAACGCCGAGAUGCACGCCGCGCCCGGGGUCGACGACUCCAUGAGCGGCACCACCGCCGUGGCCGCCCUCGUCGCCGGCGGCGCGCUCCACGUCGCCAACGUCGGCGACUCGCGCGCCGUCGCCGGGGUCUGGCGCGCCGGCCGCGUCGUCGCCGAGGACCUCUCCUGGGACCAGACCCCGUUCCGCGCCGACGAGCGCGCGCGCGUCAAGGCCUGCGGCGCCCGGGUCAUGUCCGUCGAGCAGGUGGAGGGCAUGCGCGACCCGGAGGCCGAGGGCUGGGCGCCCGACGAGGGGGACCCGCCCCGCGUCUGGGCGCGCGACGGCCUCUACCCCGGCACCGCCUUCACCCGCAGCCUCGGGGACCUCGCCGCCGAGGCCGUCGGGGUCGUCGCCGAGCCGGAGGUCAAGAGCGUCGAGAUCACUCCAUCGCACCUUUUCUUCGUUGUCGCCAGCGAUGGCGUCUUCGAGUUCCUCUCCAGCCAGGAAGUUGUUGACAGGGUUGCUACGUAUCAAGAUCCUCGAGAUGCCUGUUCAGCAAUUGCUGCAGAGUCAUACAAACUAUGGCUGGAGCACGAAAACAGGACAGAUGAUAUAACAAUAAUCAUCGUGCAUAUCCGAGACAUGGAAAAUUCAGGUCCUGCAGGGAGUGACAAAGCGGACUACGAUAGCGUCGGGGCAUCAAUAGCUGUGCACACAAUACAGUCAGAGAUACCUGUAUUUGUACAAUCAGAAGCAAGUCACAUGAACAGAUCUGCUGCUACCGGAAUGCAAUCACCGUCUUCUGGCUCUCCAACAGAACGAAGCCUCUCAUGUGUUGCUCCUUCCCCUACGCACCCUUUGCUGAUACAUGGCCGAAUAUCAGAUGCUUCCAAGCCUGUGCAAAGUGAGCAGCGAGCUGCAUCACAACCGGGAUCUAACCGUGCCAUGGAUGUGAUAUUUGCCAGCAGCAAAUCUCGUGUUGUUGCUCGUGUUUUGGUAGAGCACCUGCUGCUGCCGACGAUGCAAGGUUUCUGA